AGACUUGUCAUUGGCUGCUGUCACUGCUUCAGAGAUUUCAGUUCACAGGGGGAAUUAUUUGCUUAAAAGCACAGAGCCUGCUCUGAAGUUACAGUAACAAGAAAAUCAUGAAGAUCCCAUUUGCAUUURUGCUGCUUUUCACCCCCAUCCUCUGUCAGGGUACACAUGGAAACGAAAGCUACAGGAAGUUUAUAAACCAACACAUAAAUGCAAAUAUGAGGGUUGAUCAGUGUGACAGUGUUAUAAGCCAGCGCCGCAUCUCCAAAACUGACAGCAACGAGUGCAAGGACACCAAUACUUUCAUCCGAGCCACCACCGGCCUUGUUAAACCAAUUUGUGGAGCUGCAGGAGAGCCGUACGGUCAAAAGAGGAGAAGUUUGCUACCUUUUGAUGUUGUUGUCUGCACACUGAGAAACGAAGGAGCCAGACGUCCAAGAUGUCAGUACCGUGGUCAGAGCCGCACCAGGAGAAUUGUAAUUGCUUGUGAGGGUGACCUACCUGUGCAUUUUCAUGAAGACGUGAUUUUUGGCAACUGAUUGGUUUGUUGUGAGCCUCAGUGUUAUUAAAUAAAGCAAAAUUAACAACUUA